AUGUGCAGCAAUCAGAACUCGAACCUAUGUUACCAAACCUCAGAGUCUUUAACCAAGCAUAACAGAAUACUGACUAAAAGGACUUUCCGAAAUGAACAUGCUUACCGCAACAAGGGAAGAACAACUAUAUCGAGUAGCGGCAGCUCCGAUGGUGGUUCCAGCAAGACUCGCGCCACACCCGGUGAGCAGAACGGUGGAAAUAGCGAUGCAGCCACUCCGAAUGAAAUUAAGAACGUUAACUGUGACCAUCCAGUUCCGCCGGAUCGGUACAAUGAUCGGGUGGAGGACCAUUUACGAGUUACUGGAUUCUAUCAUGCAUCUCAAAUUGGUGUCGUACAAAAUCAGAAAGCACUCGUGAAUGCUCUAAUAGAACGGUGGCACCCAGAUACACAUACGUUUCACCUUCCAAUUGGUGAGUGUGCCGUAACUCUUGAAGACGUGACUCUAAUUCUUGGUCUCCCGACGGAUGGUCUUCCAGUUACUGGGAUAACAAUGAGUAGUUUCUCAGUGUUGGAGGCAGAAUGUUUGCAUCAAUUUGGAGUGGCACCGCGUAAGUCGGAGUGUAGAGGAUGCUGCAUAAAACUGACUUGGCUGCGGGAUCUAAAAGAAAACAUUCAGUUGACUGAUGAAUUAAGUAUACAGAGGUAUGUGAAGUGCCAUAUUAUGUUGCUGAUCGGGACGAUCUUGUUUGGGGAUAAAACUGGGGCAGGUGUGCACUGGAAGUUUCUACCCUUGCUUCGUGAUUUUGCCAGUAUUGGACAUUAUAGUUGUGGUUCGGCAUGCCUAGCACACCUCUACAGGGGGUUAUGCAGGGCAUCUCGUUAUAACUGUAAGGAAAUAGAUGGUCCAAUAACACUUCUGCUCGGUUGGGCUUGGAUCCGACUGCCAUAUCUAUUGCCGCUCCCCAGAGAACCCCACAGUUUUCCAUUAGCCAACAGGUGGCGUAACUGGGAGCGUGGUGACCGACGAUAUAGAUAUUUGAAUCUAGCUCACUUUAGGAAGGCCUUUGAUGAACUCCAGGAAGGCCAGGUGUGUUUUAAUUAAAGAUUUAUGAGUUUGGGGCAUUUUUAUGAGGCAUUUUUAUUGUUAUUGAUAUUCUGGGUUGUAAUCA